AUGGAUCUCAAAUUGUUGUUUAUCUUUGCCCUCCUUUUCAUGGCUAUAAUGGCCGAGUCUGUUAAUGCCAACUGGGCUCUCGGCAAGUCCUGUGCCAAUGGAGAUUGUCUCAUUGAUGACGACGACGAGGGAUUGAUGGAGUCGGAGAUCAGCCGUCGAACACUCGCUCAGAAUAGAAGGUAUAUAAGCUAUGGAGCACUCAAGGCUAACAAUAUUCCAUGCAAGCGUCGCGGAGCUUCGUACUACAACUGUCGCAAAAGAAAUAGGGUUAACCCUUAUAAACGUGGCUGCAGUGUUAUUACUCGUUGCUAUAGGUUUACCUCUUGA